AACAUCCUCAUGCACAAGCAGCAGCUCAGUAUCAUGAUCGUCGGAGGCCCGAACCAGAGGACCGACUUCCAUGUCGAAGAAGGAGGCGAGUUCUUUUUUCAGAUCAAGGGGCAGAUGAUGCUCCCGACAGUCCAACGAGGCAGGCGAGAAGACGUCAUCAUCCCCGAAGGCCACAUCUUCAUUCUCCCUCCCAGAGUCCCGCACUCCCCUCAGCGGAAGGCCGACACGGUUGGGCUGGUGAUCGAGAGGGUCAGGGAGGAAGGGGAGAUGGACUGCCUACGGUGGUACAAGGACUUUGACAAGUGCGACGAGAUUCUGUUCCAGAGAUAUUUCAGGUGCGAGGACCUUGGGAAAGACCUCGUUCCUGUGGUUGAGGAAUACCUGAGAUCUGAGGAGUACCAUUCCCAUCAGACAACAGCGACUAGCUGCCCAACUCCUGAGCUGAUCCAAGACGAUACUGAGAUACAAGUGCCAGCGCCC